AAUAAUAACCUGCAGUAUCGAGGUCAGUUUUUGAACACAGAAGUCCAGAUACGGGGAUGCUUAUAUAGGGAAUAUCUGAGCCAUUGGGACAUCUGUGGGGACCUGAAGCUAAUAGUUGUGUGGUUUUGUCAAUACAACAUUCAGAUGUCGAUACUCAUGCAAUAUUUAUGAAGAAACAUCAUUUGAAGGAAGCAAAUUAUCCAAAGCAAUUCUCAAUAAAACCCAUUGGAAGCUAGCUGCUAGUGAACCCCACUGAAGUGGUGGACAAUUGGUGGAACGAUCUGUAAUGUCAACCCUUCUUCGGCCCAUGUUCCAUCGUAUCUCAUCGGUUCGUCUUUUGGGAACCGCAGCACCCAGAACGGUCAAUGGCAGCCGCUUGCCUAUGGCUCCUUCCAAGGACGAUAGCAUCCCCCCCGAGAAACUGACCUUUGAUGACCCUAGUGCCUUCCAUGUGAAGACCUUCAGGGAGCUGCUGCGAGCCCUCGGGGUCUUUCAGCUCUGCUCCUUUCCUGUGCUGGUCAACAACUGUGGGAAGCUCAUGUCUGUGGCCCGCUCUCUGCUGGGUAAGACUGGUUUCUCCAUGAUCCUCCGCCCCUCCAUCUAUGCCCAGUUUGUCGCUGGAGAGAGUGAGGCUGAAAUUGCAGUUGCCAUGGAGAAGAUGAACUCACUGGGUUUGCGCACCAUGUUGGCAGUGCCUAUUGAAGAGGACCUGGGAGAGAGCACCGGGGAGCGUCGCUAUGACGACAACUUGGAGGCCAUGCUGGAGUGUGUGCGCAUAUCCCAUAGCAACGCCUGUGCGGAUCCCAUGAUGCAGCUGAAGAUCACUGCACUGCUAAGCCCAGAACUGUGUGUAAAGUUAAGCUCCCUUCUUUCCAAAGAGCAGUAUGACCUGGCUCAGCUGGUCAGAGCCAUGGAAGGAGAGUCUUUCCACUUCCCAGGCUUGACACAGUCAGAAAACACUCAUUUUCUCCAUGGCCUCCGGCGACUUAACAAAAUAGGAGAGACCAGCUUCCUUAAAGUACGAGUUCUCGUGGACGCCGAAUACACGUAUAUGAACCCAGCCCUUUCCCUUGUCACCAUGGCAAUGAUGAAAAAGUUCAACCAGAAGGGAGCUUGGAUCUGGAACACCUAUCAGUGCUACCUUAAGGAGUCUAGAUCUCUUCUACUAGAUGCGAUUGGCCAGUCUGUCAGUCAGUCCUUCUGCCUAGGGGUGAAACUUGUGCGGGGAGCUUACAUGGACAAAGAGAGGAUGCUAGCUGCCAAGGAAGGCAGGCCUGAUCCCAUUCAACCGUCAUGGAAGGAUACCAAUAAAAGUUACAAUGGUUUAUUAGACAUUCUACUGGAGCUGGUCUCUCAGAAUACUGAGUGUUUCCGGGUGAUUGUGGCAACACACAAUGAAGAAUCCGUCAGACAUGCAGUUUCAAGGAUGGCGGAAUUGGGAAUAGACAAAAACUGUGGCUCUGUGUGCUUUGGACAGCUGCUGGGGAUGUGUGAUCAUGUCUCCCUCACCCUGGCUCAACACGGUUUCUCCGUGUAUAAGUCAGUGCCCUAUGGCUCGGUAGACGACACUGUGCCCUACCUGGUGCGCCGGGCCCAGGAAAACCGCACUGUCCUACAGGGAAUCCGCAAGGAGAGGGACCUGCUGAGGCAGGAGAUGAAGAGAAGACUGAAGGAGAGGUUGAUGGGUUAUAGAAAGAAAUGCUGAAGGAAGAGAGAGCGGAAGAAAUAAAAAGCGGAGUCGGCCAUCUCCAUGAGUAAGAGUGUGGAAGAAGAACUGGGAGGAGGCACGGGUUAAAAGUUGAGAAAAAGACAAAACGGCAUGAGUAGUAAUAGGACAGGAAGAAUGCCUAAUCAAAUUAGAACUUUUUAUGUUUGUGUUGAUGGAUAUCAGGGUGCAAAUGAAAGGAAUGGAGAAAAUAUUUUGCUUGCUUGCGAGGUCUCACUCCUGAAACUCUUCUGUUUGAUGAACUGGGUUUUGUGGGGAAAAUUUUUGCUGUAUCUCAUGUCUGACAGGUCACUCAGUGUCCGUCUGAUCUUCCACCAUCAAUACUAUUCUGUAGCCUAUUCAUUAUGUUCAGAAACCCGUCACAUAAUCUAAAUUCUGACAGUCGCUUGUUUGUAUCGAGAAUGUUUAUUUUACGUAACUCCUAUAGUUUUUAUAUCCACCAGCAACCAAGAGAAACAGAAAUAGUUCUUAUUACAGUAGUGAAGAAGCACAGUCAGGACUUUCCCAGCCAAAAAAGGCCACACCAGCAAAAAAAGACUGUAACUGUGAAGUACGUGUGGACUGUGGAUUUGCUAAGCAAACUAACAUUUUGUGUGAUAAUCUAAUGUAUUUUCAGUACAUACAGCUAACAUACUUGAGCGACUAUUAAAAAUCAUUGUAUUAUGCUGAAAUUUGACUCGUAUCUAUUUCAUGCAAAAAAGAAAUAAAGUGAAGU